UUGAGUCGCCUUUCCCGAAUGCAUAAAAGAGAGUUGAAGCAGCUUCUCAUUCACAAAUUGCUAUUGCAGCUGCAUAGUUGUGGUUCUAUCGUGCAUUGUAGACCUCUUCAUCCCUGCUAAAAGCAUGUGUGGUAUUCUUUGUAUAUUUACGCAAUAUACAUCAACAGACACAAGCCCACACAACCGCACAAGUUGCAAUGGAGAGUCCUCACAGUGUAGUAGUCUUUCGUGUGAUUCCUUACGGGAAAUGGCCUUUCGGCAAUCGAGUAAACAGCGGCACCGAGGUCCCGAUCAAACUGGCCUGUGCGUUAAUGACGAGUAUGGAUUCGUGCUGGUACAGGAGCGCCUUUCGAUUGUUGGAGUGAAAACUGGACGGCAGCCCCUAACUUCAACCAACGACAUGACGCAUCUGGUAGCUAACGGAGAGAUUUACAACUUUCUUCAUAUGGCGUCUCUUAUUAACGAUGCGCUGAAAUUUGAAUACUACACACCGCGCAGUGAUUGUGACGUUCUGGUAGCUUUCUACGAGCUGUUUGGAGCAGAUCGAUUAUUGCAAAUUGUUCGCGGCAUGUUCGCUUUCGUGCUGUACGACUGCAGCACCCAUCGGCUGCUGGUAGCUCGUGAUCCGGUCGGCAUAGUGCCACUUUACUAUGGUUGGGAUGACGCAGGGAGUUUGUGGUUUGCCAGUGAGUUAAAGUGUCUAGUGAGUUGCUGUGCUGAAGUAAAUGUGUUCCCUCCCGGCCAUUCAUACUUUGGGCCAAGGGAGAGUUUUGUCCCGAAACCUUACUUUCAAGCACUAUGGAUGACGGAAAUUUCUACCGCUAGAGUCGACCUGGAACUGUUGAAACACCACCUGGAAAGCGCCGUUGAGUCACAUUUGCAGAGUGAGGUGCCGUUCGGUGCUCUGCUUAGUGGUGGACUCGACUCUAGCCUGAUUGCCUCCAUCGCCACACGCAUACUUCGCGCACGCACAGAUAAUUCAACCUUUCGACUAAAGACAUACAGCAUUGGGCUGGAGGGAGAAAGUCCUGAUCUAACGUAUGCACGCAUGGUGGCUGACCACAUCGGCAGUGAUCACACCGAGGUACGUUUUACCAUCCCGGAGGGCAUAGACCUCGUACGGGACGCUGUGUACUAUGCCGAGACUUACGACGUCACUACGAUCCGCUGCAUCGUAGCGGUAAUGCUGCUGGCAAGGGCCAUCCGCAGCGAAGGCAUUAAGGUGGUGCUCUCGGGCGAGGGGGCCGAUGAGCUAUUCGGCGGCUAUCUUUAUUUUCAUCGUGCCCCGAGUGCGGCCGAGUUUCAUCGUGAAACGGUGCGCCGCGUACGAGGACUUCAUCUGUCCGAUUGUUUGCGUGCGAACAAAGGCUGUGCGGCCUGGGGACUGGAGUUAAGGGUUCCGUUUCUCGAUACCGAUUUCUUGCAGCACGUAAUGUCCAUCAGGCCGGAGGAUAGGGCGCCCGGCAUUCCGUCGCACGAUGAUCACAGUGCGCUGGAAAAACGCAUUCUUCGACAAGCGUUCGCCAAUGGUAAUUACCUUCCGCCGGAAGUGCUCUGGAGGCAGAAGGAGCAGUUUUCCGAUGGAGUUGGGUAUGCCUGGAUCGAUGCCAUUGCCCAGUGGGCUUCGAAGCGUGUCACUCAGACGGAAUAUGCAGCUGCCGCCGAUAGAUUCCCCUUCAACACGCCGACAACGAAAGAAGCGUUCUACUAUCGGAAGCUAUUCGAGCAAAUGUUCCCGGGGGAAAGCUUUGCACGUACGGUGCAACGGUGGAUUCCACGCACGGAUUGGGGUUGCUCGGAAGAUCCGUCCGGUAGAAAGCAAGACGUUCACCGAGGUCAUAAUAGGCGAGAACAGUAAUAGAAUGAGAAAGAUACAGUGAGAUGGUAUUUUGCUUUUCAUUUCUGUAUUUUCGGAGAAUGGUUGUAGGGGCUUCUUUUGCUUUUUUAUAGUUAAUGUGCAUUAAUGCUUUUCAUAUUCUAUGUACAUUCUUGUAAUCGGAGUAUUGAUAGUGAAAAGUGAUAGU